AUGCAUGGUUGUGGAGGUGAUAACGAGCAAGUAGUCGACUAUAGUGAUAUGAUUGUUGCUGAUUUGAUAGAGCCUAUUGCAGGCGAUUCGGAAGAACAUAAGGUUCGAUAUCGGAGCUUGUCGAAAUGUGGUGGCGAAAAACUUUUGAUUCUGGAUGAUUCAAUUACAAUCCAGGAAUAUCCAUCUGGCGUAAUUCGACGUAGACUUACGGCAGAUUUCACUUUGCUAGAUGCAUUUUGGUGUGAAUUUCCGAACACCUCUGCUGACAAUGGUCCUUUGCAUGGUGUUUGUCUUAUUGGACAUAAAAAUCUUAUAUUCGCUUCUGAUACUGAUUGGAUUUCUUAUAAAGUCACAUUGCCAUUCAUUGUAAAACGCGUGUUUCGAAGUGCUUUGGGUUUGAUUUUGCAACGAACCUCCCCAUUACCAUCACUAAUUACAAAUUUCCCGCAUUUGUUCUCGUUAUCACAUCCGUACUGCGAAAUACUACCAGUUAUAUCAAAAAACAAAGAUACAGAGAGUUCUUCACAUUAUAUUUGGGAUAGUACUGAAGUAGCACUGUUGGAAGCAUUGAAUGAUUGUCAACUUUUAUUAACUUAUUCGACGACUGCUCGGGUUCAUUCACUGUAUUGGAUACGAAGAGCAACGAAAGCGGAAUGGAAAUGUGCAGCAACUAAGGCGGAAAGUAUUGUGUCAUGUAACACAACACUUACACCUGCUGGUCGAUCAAGUCAGCUAUCAACACCGCAAAUGGGUAGCCAAUCACGACAUCGUUUUGGCAAGAAUGAUUCAUUUGCUGAUGAGUCAUGGGCAACACCACAAACACGAUCAGUUCGUACACGAUCCAUGACUGCAGCAGCAGCACUAAUACAAUCUUUACCUUUCCCAUCUACAAGUCCCGCUCAACGAUCUUCUGCAAAUCGGUCAGUCACAGAUUCUCCGAUUUUACGCUUACGAGGAGGAAGUACACAUACUACGCCUCGCCUUAGUUCAUUUUGUGAUGAUAGUAUUAUUUCAUUGAUUGAAACUCGUGGUUCAGAACUCGACCUUUUAGCACCCGAGAUUUGUAUGGAAUGUAUAUGGACGGAACGUCGUCAGGCAGAUCCUGAAACAAGUGGUCCUGCAAGUACUGCAUUUCUUACCCAAGAUUUCAUCGGUCAAAUGUAUGUAUGUUUUCACGUAGCAGAGCAAAAUUUUUUAAAAUGUAUUCGAGGAAAGAUGCACGAUGAAGGACGAAUGACUAUAAGUUCCUUUACCACAAUUCCCUGUAAAGGAGCUGCAGAUAUUAAGGGACGCAAAAUGAUGGCAGUAAUCGAUCUUGAUGAUGCUGUGAUCCUUUAUAGUGGUAUUACUCGUAUCGGUGCCUUAUAUGGGAACUAUGAACUUAUAAACUUUAAGGAGUAUUUUGCAAACAGUCAGAUGGACAUGCAAGAGAACACGGGCACUUGCAGUCUAUCAAUAUGUGCUCCAGUUGUUGGAUUGUAUACUGCUUUUGUGGGCCAUCUAAUUUUAGAGACACAGAAGCAUCAAUUGGUAAUGUGCAAGCUGCCAUCAAUUGCAUCCUCACCGUUUGUUGCGGAAUGCCUCUCACAGGUUUGUUCAAAUUUGCCUCUGGAUAAAGCAAUGAAGCUAUCUUCAUCCUGGUGUACCGAUAACACUUCUCGUUUGUUAAAUCAUUAUUAUGAUAAUCGCGUUGCUGCAGAAGUUGCUAUGUUGAUACAGUUCCUUUUUACACAAUGUGGACUUCAUAUUCAAGAUUUUCCAAUUUUUCGCGAAAUAAGCUUACUUCGAAAUCGCUGUGAAGAAGAAAUUCAUAGAAAGAAGAAGCGUACCGGACAUUCUAAGCAUAUUGGCGCCUGGCAAAAAAUGAAGCAUCUUUGUAGCAGCCGAUGGUGGAGUUUUGAUAAUGUAGAAAAUAUUGUCCCAAAACAUUACGCCGUUUCAAUCAACGAUGAAAGCAAUUUUUAUAGUUAUUCUCUAGCGAUAUUUUCCGGAUUACACGCCGUAUAUGAAUCUGCCAAAUUGGAUAGGCGGACGAUUUCGUUACUGUUUAUUCUAGCAUCGUCAUUACAUGCUUUUGCUCAGAUUUUUGACUUGAAAAGUGGACGGAAAAUGCUUCAAGCGCUUUUAAUGAGUUCUCGUUUUUCACCGGAACGUAUACCAUCAUGGCAUGAUAAUUUGUUACGAUUUUUGGAUAGCAAAAGUCAUUUGACGUCAAUCACUUCGUCACAUUUCUUCGCACCAAUUGUCAUUACAAUUGCUAUCGGGUUGAAACGACUAGAAAACAUUGCCGAUGUUCAAAAAGUUCUAGGAAAAUCUUACGAGAAGAAACUACGCUUAACGAAGACGGACGCGGAAAAAUUUGCUAGUAUUCUGAGUGAAAAUUCUGCAGCAGUUGAAAAGUGCGAAAAAUUGGCUCAGUUAUUCAAAUUCACGAAAUCUUCGCUGUUAGAUUUGCCACCAGCAGUUGCCAUAAUUUUAUGCGAAUUACUUUAUGAGCAAUCAACAAAAAUGAUGCAUUUUCUUACACCUGCAGUAUGUCAAAAAGAUCGCAGUCAUAUGCCAUCUGCGGAAGAAAAUUUUCUAAUUACGCGAUUGCGAUGGCAACACGAUUUGCGAUGCAUUAAUGUAAUACAAAUGCUUGAUAGCCGACGUCCAAUUUUUAUACCAUCAAAUAAUGAAGGCCUUUCAGAAGCAAGUCAACGAGAAAUGGCCGAACGUCUUCUGAAAUCCUUUAGCAUGCGUAAUAUAACUCAUGCUUUUGGGCGUUCAGCACUUGAUUUUCGAUCUUUUUCACCUCCCCUCAGUCGACCACGUGCAAUACCACCACUUAAUCUACAAGGACGAUUACAUCCUUCAAAUACACCAAUUGAACUGCAACAAAAUGAGUUAGUCAAACCGAUGAUCAAGUGGGGUGCAUUUUAUAACGCUGUCGCAGCUGGACUAUGUAUCGGUGAUUCGGAUAGUUUGCAUCUUGACAGUGAAUGGCUUGCGAUGAGCAUCAAUAAUUUGCAAGGGUCAGAAGCUGCUGGUCUCAUGUAUGCGUUUGGAUUGAAUGGUCAUAUAACGAAUAUGAAUUUGUUUAUGAUACAUGAACUUUUGAGUAGUGGCGAUCCAAUAAUGAGCAUUGCAAUUCUACUUGGAUGUGGUGUAAGUCGACGAGCAACCGCUGAUGUUCAGAUGUAUAAAAUGAUGGUAACACAUUUACCAUUUAUGAUGGGUCCAACAUUACUUGAACUGCAUAUCGAUACGAUGAUUCAGACGGCGGCACUUGUAGCACUUGGUCUCCUGUUUGCACAAUCAUCACAUAUGGGCAUCUUAAGUCAGCUAGUCAAUGAGAUAGGUCGACCUGCUUGUCCGGAUUAUGAACCACCAACUGAUCGAUAUUCAUAUUCUCUUGCUGCGGGUUUCGCUAUUGGUCUUAUUGCUUUGGGACGCGGAGAAGAUUUGUUGUCGAGUGUCCCGUUUGUAGAACAAUAUCCUGCAAUAGCAUCAAGACUUAUUAUACUAAUGGAAGGUGGAUUGCGAUCACUAUGCGUAUUUCCUUCUACUGUUUCUGCGGAAGGCCCUUCUUCGGGGCACACCACUACUACCUCAUCUUUUUCACAGUCAAAUCAUGUUCGAGGAUCCGAAAAUGUCAAUCCGCACUUGACAGCAAGUCCAGCCGCUGUUGCUUUAGGUCUAAUGUAUCUUCGAACAGAAAAUAAAUGGGCAGCAGAAAGCUUGAAAAUUCCCGAAACGAUAUCAGCGAUUGAGGAAAUUCGACCUGAUCUUAUUUUACUCAGAACACUUUGCCGACAUCUUGUUUUAUGGAAUGAAAUAACUGCUUCCAAGCAUUGGGUGGAACAAUCAGUACCAUUAAUUGUGCUAAAUUAUAAGGAGCGUUUGUUCAAUGAACUAUCAAAAACUGAUGAUGAUGAUGAGGAGGAAGACUUACGGAUGCUGCAAAUAGCAGUCGACAAGCAAACCAUAGCUCAGACCUACUUGAAUGUAGUAGCGGGUGCCUGCUUUGCAAUGGCUAUUCGUUUCGCAUCGACAUGGAACUCUGAAGCUUUUAAUAUAAUAUGGUAUUAUAUAAAAAUGGUUUUACCACCAGAUGCGCAACAGAUUUGCAGCAAGCUGAGUCUUGCCGCUGGCGUCACAACUUGCCUUAAUGUACUCGGCACUCUCAUUAACUCAUUGGGCAUCCUUAUGGCCGGUAGUGGAAAUUUGCAAGUGCUACGUCUUUGUCGGUUUCUUCGUACACGUAUAACCUUACCGGAAGCGUAUCGUGACAAUACGUCGCACAGCUUAUAUACUGCUGCAAACACAGUGAUGGGGAUGUUGAUGCUUGGUCGUGGGAGGUAUGCUUUAAAAACGGACGACUUAUCAGUUGCUGCACUCGUUAUUUCAUUCUUUCCAAUCAGUCCUCAUACGCUGAAUGAUAAUAGAACCUAUUUGCAACCGCUUCGACUACUUUGGGUAAUUGCAGCCGAGGAACGUUUAUUAUGUUCAGUUGAUGCAGAUACUGAAGAAUUGGUAGCGCUGGAGGUUGAAAUUACAUUCAAGGGAUCUAAGGUUAUGUAUCCAGAUGUUCUCAAUGUUCGUACACCUUGUAUUAUACCUGAAUUGAGUUUGCUAAAUAAAAUCCAGAUUGGUGGACAAGAAUAUGAAAAGCAAAUUUUUGAUUUGAGACAUGAGUCAGACAAGCAGAGAUUGGUGGAGAUUCUGAAGAGACAACAUGGACGGAUGGUAGUAAACUAUUUAGGACAAAAGGAGCAAAAAAUUGUUGUUGCAACAAUAAAACAUAUGUGUAGUACAGCGGAUGAUCCGAUGUUGAUGCCAAUAAAUGAGCAAAAUUUGCUCAAUGCAACGAAAGACGAUCAAAAUUUCCAACAAAAAUUCAACUUCAAUUUACCAGAAACAGUUACUGACAUCGAAAAUGCAGAAAAAACAAAUAUUUUUGCAUUUGGAUCUUGGAUACGAAGUUUUCAGCUUGAUAAUGGUAGCAUUGCAGCAUAUGAUUAUGCUUUCUCUUUUGUUAAGGAUAUGCUUCGAAAAAAUCCUCUUCGUUUUGCACGUACUCAAUAUGACUUGUUGGAUGCGUUUCUCGAGAGAAGCCUAUUUGAUCAAAACGAUGAAUGGCCCAUUCGUUCGAAUGUUAUCCCCAAUGAGCUCAUCACGUCAUUAAUGUGA